AUGGUUUCUAGGGAGAUGAUGUUUUUGUUCUUCUACCUUCUCAUUCCAUGGAUAUAUUGUAGUCCAAUUCAUGAAGAAUUUAUUCAGUGCAUGUCUGUCAACCAGAAUUCCAUUUCUGAAUUCAUCCACACUCCAAAUUCUCAAUCAUAUGAAAAUCUACUCCAAAAUGCUGAACAAAACCCAAGAUGGUACAAUAAUAAUUCCAGUGCUUCUCCAAAACCUCUGUUCAUAGUCACACCAUAUCAUGACACUGAAAUCAGAGCAACCAUUUUAUGCAGCAAAGAGAAAGGACUACAAAUUCGAGUCAAAAGUGGAGGCCAUGAUUAUGAAGGCCUUUCAUUCCGCUGCCAAACUCCAUUCGUUAUCAUCGAUCUUCUCCAUUAUAAGGCGAUUUCUAUUAAUUUGGAACAGGAAACGGCUUGGGUUCAAUCAGGGACUACCCUAGGGGAACUUUAUUUUGCCAUAUCUCAGAAGAGUGAAGUUCAUGGAAAUCCAGCUGGAAUAUGUCCUAGUGUUGGAAUUGGUGGGCAUUUCAGUGGUGGAGGGAUUGGUACGUUAAUCCGAAAAUACGGGCUCGCGGCUGAUAACGUUGUUGAUGCCAUAAUCGUAAAUGUUGAUGGUGUGUUUCUUGACAGGAGUACAAUGGGGGAAGAUUUGUUCUGGGCUAUUAGAGGAGGUGGAGGAGCUAGUUUCGGUGUUAUUGUUUCCUGGAAAAUCAAAUUGGUUCGUGUUACGAGAACUGUUACAGUUUUCAAUCUACCAAAGCAGCUGGAUCAAGAAGGGACUAAAUUAGUACACAAAUGGCAGCAAAUUUCUCCUAAUCUACCUCCUGAAUUGUUCGUAAGGAUUGUCAUUCAGAAUGAAGACAACACUGUUGUGGGAUUCUUUAAUUCUCUGUUUUUAGGAUCAAAACAGGACCUUAUUUCCUUGAUGGAACAGUGGUUCCCUGAAUUGGAAUUGCGGCCCGAAGAUUGUACCGAAAUGAGCUGGAUUCAAUCUGUUGAAUACUUUGCAGGAUUCCCUGACAAGGUGGAAGUUUUACUCAACAGAACUGAUCAGCGCAAGAGCAAGUUCAAAGCAAAGUCUGAUUUCGUCACCGAACCGAUCCCUGAGAAUGCAUUGAUGGAGAUAUGGAAAAGGUUUCCUGAAGAACAGCUAGGUUUCAUGAUCUUGGAUCCUUUUGGAGGCAAAAUGGAUGAAAUUCCGGAUUCGGAAACUCCCUUUCCUCACAGGAAAGGGAAUUUGUACAACAUUCAGUACUUGGUGAAGUGGGAAGAUGAUGAUGAUGUGAGGCAUGUUAAGUGGAUCAAUGAACUCUUUUUGUUCAUGGAGCCAUAUGUGUCCAAAUCUCCUAGGUCUGCAUAUCUAAAUUACAGAGAUUUGGAGUUGGGAAUCAAUGUGGGAGAGAAUCCAAGGUUUUCAGAUAGUAGAAUUUGGGGGAUGAAAUAUUUCAAGGGCAAUUUUGAAAGAUUGGCCAGAGUGAAAAGCCUAGUUGAUCCUGAGAAUUUCUUUAGGAGUGAACAAAGUAUUCCACCUAUUGUUUAUUAG